AUGUCUGAACUACUCCGUACUCGGUACCAAACCGCCACUGCUUUGUUCCGUAGGCCGAGGGACUGCAAGGUAAUGACGUCGUCACAGCAGAGACAAAGAGCCAAUCAAGGCCGAGGACCAGGGCUUGGACCCACCACCCACCACCCACCACCUGGGGCCACCAGACGGCACAAGUUCCCGCCAGUGGGCCUCCGCCAUCCUUGCGCCCCAGUCGCUCGCUGCCCUGCCAAUCAUGCAAUCGAUGAGCUGUUGAACAAGCACCUGCCAGCUUGGAAACGAUCAAUUUGA